CGGGAAGGACGAGGGAGGGGCCCGUGGCGACUCGUACCCAGUGUCCAUCUAAACGUGAUCUUGCCAAAGGAGGCAGAGUGGGCGGAGGCCGGAACGAAGAUGGAUUGGAAGUGCGUGGCAUGCGGCAUGGUGGACUUGGUGGUGAAAGGCUCCAAGUGUUCGGCAAUGGUGGAUACGGGUGCGGAAAUGAACAUUAUCCGCGAAACCGAUGCACUCAAGUUCGGCUUGGAGGUAGACCGCUCUGAUUGCGGCGUCUUACAUGGAGCCAAUUGUAAGGCGGUGUUUUGUGGCACAGCCUCGAACGUGCUGAUCGAGGUUGGAAAGGUGAAGGUCAGGGCAUGUUUCUUCGUUAUGCAUGAUGUGAACCACGACGUGCUUCUAGGGAGGUCGUUCCUAUGCAGAACGGAGACGCUGAUGUUUAACAAGCAUGAUGGGACUCUGAUCCUGAUCAUGUGCGACCCGGCCUGCGGGAAUUACGAAAUAAUUACCUGCAGGAAUACGGGCCCUCGAAGCAUAAGGAAUCGGCCUAACCCCGGCUCAUUCACAAUUGAGGAGUCCGAGAAUGAGCGUCGGAGACUCCAUAUGGAGCCUAAGGAAGAAGAAAGGGGUGAGAUUUUCUCCCUAAGUCUGGCGGACAUAAACAAGGCUAUGGACGUGGUGGCCACACCUGAGAUGGCGGAUCCGGAUGCCAUCCAAGCGCUGAGGGAGCAAGUCUUGGAAUGUCCUCAGGAAGGGGAGUUGGAGUUAGUCUAUCGAGUUGAGGGUUUCGCCCGUGGACCGGGACGGGACGGGGUGCCCAUCCGCUUGCAGGAUGGCAGCGUGGACGAGUUUCUGCCAGCCUACGAGCGAUGCAUGCGAGUCUUGGAUUAUCCACGAGAGGAGUGGAUGCAGACACUACUCUUGUGGACUCGACCGGCCGAGCGAUCGAUGGUUAGGCAGAUUCGCGACAAGGCAGCUGAUUGGGAGGGAUGUCAGGCUCGAUUGAGGCGGGAGUUCUGGCAACCAAAGCCAGAGAGACGAGAGCCUGAGCGCGAGAGGAGACAGGAGCCGAGGCCCUCACCCAUAGGGGUGGAUGGCAGGCCGAUUCGGUUAGCCAUCGGGAACGUGGAAGAGUUUAUUCCCGGGUUCGAGCAGUUUAUGCUCCGUCAGCAGGUUGUGAGGGAGGAUUGGAUGGUAAGGCCAUCAUUAUGGACUCGGAAGGCCAAUAGACCUCUAGCCCGCUACGUGGCGGAUAUGGCUCAGGACUGGGAGAGUUGUAGGGCUCACUUGAGGGUUGCAUUUCGGAGGUUCAAGCCGCGGUCACCCGCAGGAGAGAGGCGGACACUGAGUGAGGCAGGGGAGCCUGGGACCUCGCGAGGAGGACGACAGGCCACCACUGGACAGGGUGGCAGGAGGUUGGCAGAGUUGGAGGAGUCAGGCGCCAUUCCGGAGUGUGGGCUAGGGCCCAUUGAUUUACCUAUUGACAUAGAGCCUGCGAGAGUUCCCCCACACCCACGGGACGUGACAUCAUCACUUGGAGACCCCCUACAGGAUUUGGAGGCACACUUGGAUGCCUCGAGGUGGGGGACGCCGUCGGUCGACGAGGGACCUAGCGAGACGAUGGAGGAGGGUCCCCAGCGUCCACCCCCUGUCACAGGAUCGAGAUUGGCGACCAUACCUGAGGGUUCCCACGAGGGAGAGGAGGAGUCGCCACGAGAGACUGUGCAGAGUCCCCCUGUGGAGGUGCCGCCGAGAGAAGGGGUUGAGGCAGAACGGAGGCCAGUAGAUCUAAGGAGGGAGGCGAUUAUGAUUAUCAAUACCCACACUGCUGCCUUCGCUCAGGAAUGCCCUGAUAUGGAGGGAGUUGGGGUCGAGGAUCGGCCACAGAGGCAUGUUGUUGAGAGUCUGCCUCGCGGGCCUGUACCGGAGGGGUUGGUGGGGGAGCCAUGCGCUGGGAGACAGGGGGUAGGACCAGAGUUAUCCGCAGGAGAGGCCCAUCCCACAGAUCAACGAGAAGCGGCUGAGACUAAGGAAGAGAGAAGGGCCACGCGGCUAGUAGAGAUAUGGGAGGACACGCGACGACUGGAGGAGGCAGGAGAGCUACCAGAUCAGGCGCCAGAGUCACCUCCUAGGCCGCGGAAUGUCAUGGAGGUGUGGGACAGGUACUUUGAGGGGGAUGGUGAGGGGUUGGUUGAGCCUGCGAGAGCCGGAUUUGACGUGGCGAGAACCAUAGAGGGGAGUUUGGAGCGGAAGCUCCACCAUUUGGCGAGGACAUCCUUCAGCAAACAUUUGAUGUUGGAGGGUGAGCUGGUCGGGAGGAGGUGGAAGGAUGGGAGUCUGGGAGUGCGACUCGAAGCGGCUGAGGAAGAGUGUCAAGAGCUUAGAGCACGUACUACCGGAGCUCAGGGAGCCGUCGACAGGUGGCGCACAGGAGACACGACAGCGGAGCCUGAGGUGGUAGUGAGAGCGGGUGAGAUGACCUCCUCCCAGGUAGAGGAACGGACCGAGAGAGAGGUGGAUUGGACUGAGGGGGAUCGUUACGGUGCGCAGAGUGGGACGGCGGGAUCUGGUCAGGAGCCUUCAAUAGGGAGAGUGAUGAUGGAGUCGGCAGAGGUACAGGCAAGGAGGGAGGCUGAGCAGGGAGCUUACGAGUUUAGACCGCCCACAGAGUUGGUGAUGCAUAUUCCUGCCAGUUCAGCCGAGGAUCGACCCCCACCGGCGCCCAUUCCGCCAUGCACAGACGACGAGCGCCAGGGAGGAUGCAAUGAGGCGGCACAGGGACCUGCUGACGGAGCGAUGGAUGUGUUACUAGAUGUAUUGGACAUGACUGGGGUCAUGUGUACGCCCCUGCCAGAGAGGAUGGUAGGACCUACUCACGAGUUGAGUCUAGAGGGCGAGGUACGGACGACACAGAGUGAGAGGCCCCAACGAUUGGAUAUGUCGGAACACCCGCCAGAGAGGAUGGAGUGGCAGAGAGAGUCGAGUGCGCCUGGUCAGGGGGCCAGAUCGACAGAGGAGAUGGGUCUACCGCAGUGUUAUGAGGUGGAUAGAGAGGGCAGUGAGGCACCUUCAUCGUCGAGGUCCCAGGGGAAAAAGAGGAAGCUGAGAAAGACAAACGACUCAGCCUGCUUCUUCUGCAAGGAUGGGGUACAUUGGGCCUUGCAGUGUCCCGUGCUCGCUAGGGACGUAGCAGCGGGGCGAGCCACGAGCGACGAAAGUCCGGCUCCGCACGUUCUCACAUGGACGUUGACGCCGUAUCUUCAGUGGCCUGCGUGUCUGGAAGAGCUGGGGAGUGAUCGCAGCCUUCCAUCGCAGCAGGAUUAUUUGAACCCCUACAGAAUCAUCGAUCUCGCCUUCUUUCAGAGGGUAGAAGACAAAGAGGUAGCAGCAGGGGAAGAAGAAGAAGACGUCGAAGAAGGAGGCGAUGAGGGAGAAACCCCGGAAGAAGGAAGUUAUAGUGAGCAUAGCGAAGGGGAGCAGAGUGAAGAAGAGGAGGACGAAGAGGAGGAAGGCGGAUCUGAGUGGGAGACUCUGCCGGAGGAAGAGGAGCGGCACGAAGAAGACCCUGAGGCGGUGCGCAAGAAGGAAGAAAUCGCCGCCGGGAAGAGACAGUUGGAAUUCGCCAGUGGGGCGAAUCUGCGCAUCAACGACAAUCUGGCCCGAGAUCCGGAGGCACCCCGGCCUGAAGAUGGCGACCUUACGGCCACGACUUCGAGCACAUCGCGACGGCGAUGGAGUCGAUACCCCUCCCCCUCCACCUCAGCCCGUCCCCUAGUUCAUCCACGUACCGAUGCAGGGAAUCAGCCUUCAUCCUCGGUCAUUAUCCCGCCGUCCCCUUGAUCAUCUCACCCUCCGUCCGAUCUUCGUCCGCGUCACCUUCUCUCAUAACCCCUUCCCUUCCAACACCUUUCAUCAUUUUUACUCCACCCG